CAACGUUUCAGCCAUGAGUCCGGUCGUCAACGUUCUGCAGUUUCUUUACCUUCUCCUGGACUGCACCCUUGCAGCCCACCUCCUCACUUCGCUCCGCAAACCACCCCCGCCAGCGUUUUCCGCCAUCGAGCGGCUGUGUGAGGCCGAGAACAUCCGUGUGCACAUCUAUCCUUUGCCGUGGGACCUCGUGGCCACUGCAUUCAACGCCAACCUGACUGGCCUCUCCAGUGUGGGCGAGUUCCUCACCAGAGAGAGGGUUUUUGGCCUCCCCCUCCCGCUGCAACCUUUUUCUGCGGCUACCGCUGCAGCAGCGAGAUCGGUCCUCAAGGCAGCGAAGGAUGGAGAGCUGGUCGCUCUCAGCGCGCCAGUGGAGCUGGGGAAGUCUGCGGCUCUGCUGUCAUUGCAGCCGAAUGAGUCGUCGGCCUCUCUGGUGCUGAGGGACACCCGGCAGUUCUCUCUCGGGCGGAUCUUUCAUCGGCGGCUGAUGGAGCUGCCGCCCAAGUGUGUGGCCGAUACGGCUGAGGAUGGGACGCUGUUCUUCAUUCCAUACUAUAGGGGUAGGUGCGAUGAGAUGAGUGGGACGGACAAAAGGAGAACGACAAAUGUGCGUGUGUGUGAAUGUGUGUGAAUGUGUGUUGCUGUGUCUGCAGAGUGGUACCAUAAUUUGAUGCCUGCGUAUCACCGUGGUCAGCUGACGGCGACGACAGCCACCACCACCAUACUCAACGAUCUAUUUGGACAAAUCUCUAAUAUCUUCCGCUCAAGUAACUAACACGGACGACAAGCAAACAAGACAGACAAAGAGACACACACACACCAGAAGCCCCUUAAUUUUGCCUUUACCUUCUUUUCGUUCCUUCCUGCGUCAGCUGUGCAGCUCCCUCCCCUCAUCUCCUCCCCCUGCACCCCAGCCGAGAACGAACUUGCAGACCUCUUCUCAAAGGAACCCUUCAGGCACACAUUCAACCGGCACGCCGGUGCCGACCACUUCAUGAUCUGCCCCCGCACCGCCAAAUCCACGGGCGACAUCUGCCACCGAUUCAAGUUCCCUACCAUCACAUACGAAGACCCAUUCACCAGCAGAAGGAGAGAGAACGAGAAGAGAGUGUCGCAGGAUGACCCGUGGGGCAACGUCAUCAAGCUGGCGAAGGAGAACGGCGACAUAUCGGUGCCACAUCCGUCAUGGGUGCAUCGGGAGGGCAGCGGACACAUCACUGCGCUGGCGUCACAACACAGCAACGUCCAGCAGAACGACUCCCGGCCGCUGCUGGCUGUCUAUGCCGGCUCCCUGAUGGAGGACAGAACCUCUUUCUUCCUCGCUUCGGUGAUUGGGCUGCGGAAGGUCUUCCAGGAGGCAUGUCACUCAGUCACGCGAGACGACCCGCCGUUCUUUCGUUGGCAGACGGCAUCUGGGGCGCUGGAGCUGACAUACAGGUCGGAUCAGCGGUGUCUGGUGUACGGCUUCCAGCGGAGCGAGCUGCAGGUCGGUGUGUUGGGUUCGUUCUUCCUGAGCGAGCAGCAGAGUGCCGAGGUGGCAUUCCUGUACGGCAGGAGUGUCUUCUGCCUGCAGCCGCCUGGAGACAUGCCCACCAGAAAGGGUCAGGAAUACACAAUCCGUAUGCAUGUGAUGAUUUGGCUAAUUCACUCGUCUCUAUGAUUGGGUUCUCGUGCAUGGCAUGUCUGCAGGAAUUCUCGAUUCGAUUCUCCUGGGCUGCAUCCCAGUGCUCUUUGCGCGCUCCCAAUACGACUACUGGCACCCCUUCCUCAACCUCACGGAGGCAUCGAUCCUCAUCGACCUGCCCAUCCCCUCGCCAUCGGCCCUCUGCAACGCUGCUCAUUCCCUCUCCUUCCCGGUCCCUUUCGUCUCGACCACAUGUGCACGUGAGAAGCUGCGGCUGCGCCAGGCGGGCGAGCGCAUCCUGGCUGAGCUCGAGAUGGUGCCCGAGGCGACAAUAAGGGCUAAGCAGGCCUAUGGGCGGAGGAUAGGGCAGUACAUUCAGUACAGCGUGGGAGAUGGCAAAGGGCAGGGGGACAGGGACGAAGAUGCGCUUUAUGUCGCGUUGAGAGCGCUUGCGAGGGAGAGGGAUCGGGGAGUGGAGGCGUUGAAGAGACAUGCAAUGGUGUGAAUGUGUGUGUGGAUCGCACGGCACGCGGACCUACACGGAUGUCUAUCUCUAUCUGUGCAAUCACGGAC